AUGAUACGCAUCGUUAAUAAGAUUGAUACUUGGCAGCAAUUUGAUGAAUUCACUACAUUUAAUAGGAAAAGUCGACGAUCAUCUUUACGCAAUGUGAUACAUCAUUUUCUACUAAUGGUAGUAAUGACAGCUGCACUUACCCCGCUAACGUCAGUGUCUUCGACCGUCAUGAAUUCGAUUGCUCUGCAGUGGAGCUUCGAUGACGGUAGAAAUGGUUGGGGACAGUCGACGUCGCUGGAAAUGGGAGUGGAGGUCGACGCUGGUAGUGGACGACUACGAGGAGUGGUUUUGGAUAGUGGAGACCCAAAAUUAGCCUUCAUAGACUCACCAGAAUUGAACGUGUAUAUUGACGCCGAUGAGCGCGAUUUUCUUGUUUUUCGAAUGAUAUAUCUUGGUCAGUGUGAUCUCGCGAUGGUAUCAUUAGAGCGGUCUCCAUCCAACCCGACGGUUUGGCCGAAUGCCGAUCCGCAAAAGUUAAACGAUCCCAUUCAAAUACCUUUUCAAUUGCACACAGAUGCCUCAGGACAAGAUAAAAUCUACGCAAUACCAGUCUGGAAGCACGUUACAGGCAUCAUACGUCGCGUACGCUUUCACCCAUGUAUUUCUCGUUCUUCCGUCACUGGACAAAGCUUUUCAAUUGAUUGGGUGGCGUUUGCCAAGGCUCCAGUCGUAACUAAAGUUCGUGGCUGUAUUGACAAGUAUUUCGACAAUGGCAAAAUUCCUGACACCAGCGACAAUAUCAGAACAGCACACCUUAAUUGCACUGAGGCUGAGCACUGGACAAACGGAUUUCAUCAUUCCUCGGCAGCAGUGUGUUCGACAAUGAAUCUUCCUCGGGCAUCGACAUACAAUUGCAUGCGGGAUGGCGGUCAAAUGAUCACUAUCAGUGGCAAACAUUUUGGCACAGCUGACGCUGUCAUUACCAUUGACGGAGUGGAUUGUUUGGACGUUGUCCAUGUUACUCCUGAAGUGGAAUUAACGUGUCGCUUGCCACCAGUAGCAUCAAGAUGGCUAGAAAAUCCGGUGUAUCCGUCCGUGGUUCGCGUUCAAAAUGGACGAUUGCUUCAAUUAUAUGAUGAUGCCCCCCUGCUAUCGUACGCUGCACCAGUGAGCGCACAUUCGAAGCCAUUGAUCUCUAACGUGGCAGCCCAUGCAUUUGAUGUUAAUUGGAAAGCACCGGACGAUGUUUGGGUCAGCAUGACUAUCACAGGCUAUCGUGUAGCUUGGAAACAUUGUACUGAUGAUUCAUUCUCUCCGAAUCACGCGACUGUGGUCGGAAAUGUGACGUCUACUACGCUCAUCGAACUUGCGAGUUCCACAAGUUAUCAGGUGAAGGUUACACCGCUCACAGAAGAUCAAUGGCGUUAUUCAAACGAGUGGAAGGACAUCGACUUGUACGGACAUCGUAAACAACUCCCAAAUGCCGUAAUUGGUUUCGACUCUGACGUCUCUUCCUGCAUGCAAACACUAUCACAAGAUUUUAUAUUUCCACACUUCAGCGCCAAACUUCUAACAAAUCUCAGCGCACUUCCAGAAGCAAUUACUCAACGAACGAUUCCGACGCUUGGACCGACCGGUGAAGUUGGAGACCAAGGUCAUUUCGGACUAUUUUUGAACGGCAAUACCCAUCUUCAAAACUGCAACGCCUCCACUUCGUGUUGCGACGGUUAUAACACGAUAGCCCCGAGUAAUACAAACGCAACCGUUGCCGAGUGUUCGCACGUGUGUCUCGAGAGCGACAGCAACUACCUCAAUGAAUCAAAUCAUACUUUUUUACCUACAAAUACCAAAACAGCCGUAGUCAGUCUUAAAGCGCAAGUUUACAUCUUCAACAAGUCAACUUUAAUACAGCCAGCGUUCGCACCACCAAUUUCAGCUCCAUGUGGUAUGGCAUUAAGGCUCACUGCUUCUCAAUCCUUUCUCACGGGUGCAGCUUGGUAUCCACGACAAAUGAAUGUUCGAGAAGGCUUCACCACUACUUUCUCAUUCGAAGCCACCAAUCCUUCAGCUAUUUGUCGUAUCAUGCAUAAUGUUCACACAAAUUGCCAAUCACGUGGAGGCGACGGAUUUGCGUUUGUCAUUCAAAAUGAUGUACAGCAAGAACUUGCAAUGGGAUCGGGGGGCAUGUCUCUCGGGUAUGGUGGUCUUAAAGACGCACUUGCGAUUGAAUUUGAUACCUGGUUUAAUCCAGAAUUACUGGAUGUCUACGAGAAUCACAUCAGUGUGCACGUUAGUGGCGUUGGAGGGACUUUGCUGCCUAACCAUACUCACUCACUAGGCGCUACCAGUAAUCUUCCAGAUUUAGCAAAGGAUGUUCAUAACGUUCGAAUCGUGUACAAGCCCAAUCUGGACGAAAACAUGCUGUUUGAUGAAGCUUUCACCACCAGCACGCUCGCUGGAUACUUUUUCUCCUCAGGUGCAUGGCGAUCGGGUAUCGGACUACUAGCGAUUUAUGUGGACGAUAUGGACAGCCCUGUGCUCACGGUGCCAUUACGAAUUGAAAAAACGCUUGAGCUUUUCCAUGGUCGGGCCUGGGUCGGCUUUACUGGAGCCACAGGGGCAAAUGCAUGGCAAACACUCGAUAUUUUGUCAUGGAGUUUUGAAUCCUUACGCCAUAAUAUUGUUACGACAAAACCGCUUACGAUCUGA